UUCUGUCAGCGAAUCCGAGAUUGAUUCUCUCCUCCCCGUUUCUGUUGGCUCGCGCGAGACACGCACACGCCUCGAGAGACGUGCACAUAACACUCUGUGUACGGCCUGUCGGAGAGCGGCGGUCGUUCGACCGUAAACCGGAAAUCACUUGGAGAAACGGAAAUCGUGUACGCGUCUCGGGAAACUGGAUCCUCUUCUUUCUCUGUCCCUCGUAUAUACACCUUGCCACCAGAUCCGAGUCGUUUUUAUUGUACGGAUCGCUCGGAGAUUACACGGUUUAUCGAAUAACGACGCAGCCACGUCGAAUAGAAUUGCCGCCGCAGACCGUCGAAGAGAAAUCUAUGCGUAGAAUAAUGUUUUAAUGUCCCAACGACAUCAUGACUCUCGCUGCGAUCGGCCGUCGUAUCGCAUGAACCGGAUGUCGGGAAUAACAAAGACCGACCGUCGGACGAAGUUUUAUUCACAGCGACCAAGUUGUUCCUCCGAUAAGGAGAACGAAAUUAUUUUCCUUGUAACACGGCGCAGUCGAUGCCAAUAAAAAAUGAGCUUGGAGUAAAAUUAUCGUAAAUAAAAAUAUCGAAACAUACAUUUUCUGUGAUCACCGGAGAUAUUUCUUUUGAAAUGUUUCGAUGAAGAUUCGUUUUGUCGAUUUCAUCGCUCAGGCGAUCUUACGAACACGCGAGAGUACUAGUUUCCAGUGAUCGAUGUGUCUGCGCGGGCCACGUAUCGACGUUAGCACAGGUAUCCGAGAAUCGAUGGAGGGACACUCUCGUAAAACAUGAUUUUCUUGUUAUCGAUAUUCCGUCGUGCGAGCAUCCGCUCAGAGGGCGAGCAUUUCUUCGUGGGUGAAUUUCGGUGUCUUCUUCGUCAUCAGAGUUUCAUUCGGAAGAAAAAGAAAAAUGGCGGCGUGUAGCGUGUAGAUCGCGCGACCACCGAGCGGUGCUCCGUGUAUUUCCGUAACGUGCACCACGGGGUCCUCCGUCACGGUCCGAUAAACCAAGAGAAUUCGAGGAAGUGUUACCUUCGAACCGAAUGUGUCGCAUCGGGAGACCGAUGAAUUUUAAUUUACGGGUAGAGCAGUCGUUUUAAACAUACAUACACGUGAACAGAAGAGAGAGAGAAAGAGAGAGAGAGAGAGAAAAGGCGUGAGAGAGAAAGAGGGAGAUGUGUGUACGCGAUCGUAGACCCGCGGCUCGUCACGUUAAUGUCAUCGGGAAAGAGAAAACGGUGUAGAGCGAUGGAGAAGUGAAUGCCGUUCUCCUUUUUUUUACCCUGCCGCGAGAUACGCGGUCCCGGGAGGAGGCUGAGGGGAAUUAAAAGAGUAUUCCCGAUGCGCGACAGGAACACGGGAGGACGUACGUGGGACAGAACGAGCCUCGUCCAAGAUGUCAGGAAGGCUGCCCCGUCUGCGUGCACUUCGGCCACGACCCCAGCAAUCCAAGAACGAGCUACAAAAGGAAGGUAACCUUAAAGAAGACCUUAAGGAAGCCACGAUGAAGGAACAAGAAUCGCGAACCAGUGCCGAGGAACUUUCGUUCGAAGAUAAAGACGAUGAUUCCGCGAAGGACAGCUUAAAGGGCGAGCAUGACGGGCUUCUCGACUGUACGGUGCCCUCGCAGAGUUACGAAUGCAAGACUUGCAAACCGCCGAAGCCACUUCCGAGUCUUAAGGCUUACCUCGAUCAUUUGAAAAAGGAGCAUAAACAAAAGGGAAAAUUUGUACGCGAUGCUGGAAAUAGAUGUUCAAUGUGUCCAUAUAUUGCAUUAAACUCAAGGGACCUUGAAACCCACCAAAGAGUGCAUCAUUUAAAAAGGAGAUUUUUUCGAUGCGCUAAAUGCUCUUAUGUAACACAUGUGCGUGCUCGUUACACGAAACAUGUGAAGUAUCAUUCUAUGCCAAUGAUCAAAUGUGAUGCCUGUGAUUUUCGUACGCCAUACAAGUGGAAUUUAGACAGACACACUAGGAACCAUGGAGGAGGUGGAGCUUUUCAAUGCCGUGCCUGUAAUUUCACAGCUGACAUCAGGCAGAGCUUGACAGUGCACGAGACCAAUCACCAUGAGCCACCUGUAGGACAAACUAAUCGCAAGUCUAAUGCACCUUUUGAGCGUAAGCCGAGAAAUAGUCCUAAGCGUUACAAUCAGGUUGGCGCGAGCGACUUUCGGGAAACGCUUCAUAUUUCCGGAAGUACGACUGUGUCCUUAAGCCCUGGAGACUCGUUUAUGUCCGAUCAAUCGAUGAAUUCCGUAGAAGAUAAAAGAAGUGCAAUAGCUAAUGCAGAGUGCAUAGCACUGAAAUGCGAAGAGAAGGGCUGCCAGUUCAUUACCGCGUGGGAUUCCGAAAUGCAGAGACACUUGGCAGAAUGUCACGCCCCAGUUACACCGAAUAAGUCUAGGAAACCAUUGCCAAUGUUAAUUCCUUUAAGUCCUGCUAAAUCCAAUAAUACUGCCGGUGGAUCCUCCACGACAUUGUUAAAAGUUCCGCGAGUAAGAGUGCGACCGGAACUCGCUCAAAUUGCCAGAGACACAGAACUGGCUAGGUUGUAUGGAAAUAAAGAAGUCAACAACUUAAAGAAGGAUACUAAUAACGCAGCAGAUUUGUUUGAAAAAAAAAAUGCGUCCUUCUUUGAUAAGCUAAAGGAAAAACUUACUACAUCGGCAUCAAUAAAUAACGGAGUGGCGGAGGUAGCAGUAAGUACCACGAACGAUUUGAAAUGCUGGUGUACAUUUAAAGCUAGUAGCAUGGAGGAGCUGGCUUGUCACAAACAAACACACCACACUGCUCUCAGUGUAUCUGUGGGCACGACGCGUUGCCCAAAGUGCAGAAGACGUUGCAAAAGCUCGACUGAUCUACAAGCGCAUAUGCAGUGUUGUCGCUCGACGAGUAACGAUGCGUCCAUAGACAGUAGCUUAGAAAAAUUAUCGAAUUGUUCAGAACUACGUGUGACCUCGUAUCGCGGUGAAUAUGCAUUCCCAGCGCAAACGGAUUGGGACGUAAAUCUCAGUGGACUCAAUUCUUCUGGAUCAUCGGUUGAAGGCACCUCAGCGCAUCCAAGUGGCCGACGGGUAUUCAAAUGCCCGCAUUGUCCAUUUUGGGCAUCCACCGCAAGUCGCUUUCACGUUCAUAUAGUCGGUCAUUUAAAUCGGAAGCCAUUCGAGUGUUCCCUGUGCGCGUACCGCUCUAACUGGCGGUGGGACAUCACAAAACAUAUUAAACUUAAAGCAGCUAAAGAUCCAGUUCAUAUGACUGCCAGGGUACUUAUGACGGAUGAAACCGGUCGACGGAAUUAUUCCAAGUAUAACAAGUAUCUUGCACAGGUGGAACAACAGUCAUGGGACGAGCAAAAUAUGGAGGAGCGUAGCGUAGAAGAAUCUAAUUCUGAUGAGCCACCGACUAAGUUAUUGAUUAUGAACAGUAAUGAGUAUUUGCAAACGCCGGAAUUUAGUUCUACUCCGGUUUCGAUUGUAUCCACGAACGAAGGAAGUAACGUUAACACUAUCAAUAUUGGCCUAAGACCACCGCCUCCGUUAAAAGCUGCUGCUAGAAACCGCGGUCAAUCUUUGCUAAAAAAUAAUUUGAUCACGUCACACGGACAGAGUGGAUCCACUUCCGCUACGCUCUCCUCCGAUGACAAUAAACGCACCAUGUGGAAGUGCAAACGUUGCAACUUUAGACAUUCAAAUAGAGAUACUGUGUCGUUGCACGUGAAAUCGCACAGCGAAUCAGAGCAACGCCAUGAAGACGAGAAAAAUCCAUUCGGUUGCGGAGACUGCCCAUUUUCAGCGCCGGAUGCUGCAACUUUGUCUAUGCAUAGAAUUCAUCAUCGCCCCAAUUUAGAAGCCAUUUUCAAAUGCUACCUAUGCCCCUAUUAUGUCAGCACGAAAGCAGAACUUCUGGACCACGUCAGGCUUCACGGCGAGGAACUUGCAGUCGUACACCAACAGAGUACGGAUUAUAAUUUUUCAUCGGUUAAAUAUAAAGCGCAACAGGCUAAUUCCGAUAACAAUACCAGUCGCAUGAAACAGGAGAAGUCUAUAGAACAGGUGAUUCACAUAACCACGCAGAACAAUGUGACUUGUAUAUCAAACGCCUCGAAGAACGCCAACGCACCGCCGCCACUUCUGUUGGAUACUCGAGCACUGCCAGACGCGCCAUUGGUCUGGGUGUCUAGACUGGACGGCACCCUCGCGAAGAUGUUGAAGUGUCGUCAUUGUCCGUACGUGUCUUCUAGACGCGCAGAGGUUCGGGAUCACGAGACCAUGCACUUGGAUACACCCAGCCAGGGGCCCGUUAUCGCUUGCACAGACUGUAGUUUCACCUGUACCCGCCGAGAAAUCAUGGUCGCUCACACGGAAAUGCAUUCCGGGUCAUUGGGUACUGUUCACUGCUUGGUAGAUGACUCUAGACCCGACUCCCAGCAACUGAAUGACCUGACCACGCUCCUCGGAUUUACUCACACCCCUGUGUUAGGUUCGGAGCCGGACCUGCGUGACUCCAGACUGGUGCAUUGUUGUAGCAAAUGCCCAGCGCGAUUCCUCUGCGAAAAAGAACUGAGGAUCCAUUUGCGGUACCAUUCCACAGAGUUGGCGUAUUCGUGUCAAUGGUGCUCGUACGCUGCUCGCCAGCCGGCUCACUUGUUGGCCCAUCAGAAGGCGCACUCCACGGAGUAUCAGGAGCGUACGAAGUACUUAUUGUCUCUGUACGGACACUCUCAAAGGUACCCACCUCCUACCACGGCUUGCGUCGAAGCGGGUGGCCAGGAUUCAAGCAAUCGAACGUCCACAGUCGCGUGGAUCGUUGUCGAGAUCUCCGAGACCUCGAGUAAUAACUUUAACAAUAUUAGCAAUGCAAAUCAACCGAGAACCGGGAACCAGGUGUUCACCUGUGCCAAAUGUCCUGCCCGUUACUUUAAGUUGGAUGCUUUGGAGUAUCACAUGACCCUGCAUGGAUCGAACAAUAGGUUUAAGUGCACUGAAUGCGACUACUCCUCGAAGACUGCUCAGAACCUAGUUAAGCACCAGGUAGUUCAUAGACGACAGAACGAGACCAGCGAGAUAGCUGCGAAUCUGUCACCGCCGCCUUCUGACCCUCAGUUCGGACUGUACAUGCGGGGCAACCCGAACUUUGUUUAUCCUGGUUACUUGAGAAACGGCAGAUUGAAAGAGAAACGAUAUAAAUGUCACAAGUGUCCAUCCGCUUUCGAGAAGCGAGAACAGUACAGGGUUCACCUGACGUUGCACGGCGCGAAACAGAGAUACCGUUGCGACACCUGCGAUUACUCCGUCAAGUACUAUGCAAAUUAUAUUCAGCAUCUGAAGAAACAUCAAGCAAACGCCGAAGCUCAAGCUUCUCGUAGGCAAUUUGAGGACGACACGAUUACCAUCGAUAGCGACACUGUUUCUGAUAAUGUAGCAUCCGUGUCCCGUUCUGGGAAGACUCUUAAGUCGUCCUGCAGCUCGUCGACCACGGUGUCCCUGAACGGGGCAUCGAUACUAAACUAUGGCGGUAUGCAGGCCUCCAAUCAGGAUAGACAAUCAUUGAUAUUAAUGCAGAAGAAAGGAAUGCUCGUCUCGCAUAACGAAGAAGUGGAUACCCUACGCUGUCAGAGCUGUCCCUUCUCGACCUGCGACAAAGACGCCAUGGACUCCCAUAAACGUCGCCACGGUAUAGAACGAGUGACACCGUCCUGUCCCCAUUGUGAUUAUAGACCAAGAAAAGACGAAAAUAUUGGCGAACAUAUCAGGCUGCACUUUACUAGACUUUACAAGCCUGAGUCCUAUCUAAUCAUAGAGUUCUUAACGUUAACGAUGAAGAAACUAUCGAACAAUGGAAAGGAGGAGAAGCAGAAGUCAACAGAAUUAUUAUUCAAAGAAUAUCAAGAUGGAAGAUUCUUCCCCGUUAGCGAUACUAAUUCAUUCGGCAACAGUUCGACCGUAAAUAGCUGUAAGGAGAAAGUUUUAGUGGAUCCUAAUACUGGAGAGACGAAACAUUUGAGCGCUUAAGAACCAUUAUAGGGAAACGAUCAUGUAAUAUACACAUUUCUGUAUAUAUAAUAUACACUUGAGUGUCGUUGUAUGACGCAUUUUAGGCGUUUCUGUACAACUUUUUUUAGAUCAUUCAUUGAAUCAUAGAAUCAAUCAUUUAAACUAUUGUUACAAUUUGAAUAGUAGGCCAUACAUAAGGAAAGGAGAUGUUUGAUUUGUUCGUAGUGCGGCUGUCUUAGCUUUUAUUUAAGAAGUUUGCAUGAGAACGAGUGUGCAAUUAAUUUUUGCCUGUUCGCUAUUGUAAUAUUUCUGUACAGAUGAAAUUUUUCCGUUAUAAAUAAUAACGUCGAGUGCCGCCACUGUGAUUAUAAGCGAGCACGAUCAUAGUCACUAUAUAUCAAACUCGUUUUGAGAUUAAACGUGUCGUAAUUACCGAAACCACCUUAUUUCAUUCGGUUAUCAAUUUCACCAGGUAUAACACGUUAUUGUAAAUACAAGAGUUAAAAAACUAUCGAUCUUGUACGAUACAAUAAUAAACAAGUGCUAUUAUAAA